GACGAAGAAGAAGAAGAAGACCGUAUUUUUGAAGGGAGGGAAGGGAAGGAUCCUUUGCUGAGGAAAAUGGCAGAUUUAGUUAAGCUAAGUAAUGUUGCCUUGAUUGGAAAAAACGUGGCACCUUUCUUGUGUCUGUGUUUGCUGCUCGUUACUGUUCAAGUGGAGUCCGUUGUGCCGUUCACAGUUGCAUUCCAUCUUCAACACUUGCUCGGUGUUCAACAGAACGCCACAGAUUCUAUUCUUCAGCUUCUCUUCUGGGAACGGUACCGCUUGGGGGAAAUGCACUUUCAUCAUUCUGCCACUUACACUACCAUGAUGGACGUGUACACUGCAAAUCCCAUUACUAAUUUCCAGCGCGUCAGCACUGUCAGAUGGAGGUGGAUCUACGUCGUAUUAGGGAACGCCGCAUUCUUACGCAAUAACGUUGGCAGAGUAAGUGAGUUUCUUUCCAAAGCCUCCAUGCCUUCCGACGAGGAUUUCAUUGGUGCAGCCGCAACAUUAUGUCGUCUGCAAAACAUCUACUCGUUGACACCAGCCUAUUUAAUGGAUCUACGUCAUCCUGCUGAAGAGAAACCUGCUUAUUCAGAUAUGGUUCACAUCUCAUCAACAUGCCUUAGCAAUGGUGAUGGCAGCAUUACGAGUGAAGAUGCGGUUAUGGGAUCAGAAAGAAAUAUCCCUGAGGCUACCAAACGGGCUCGGAUGCGCCACGUUGUGUUCAAUCAGGCCUGCACCAAUGCGCUAAGAGGGAUUCAUACCGAUGGACCAGGGGUACUGCUGUGCAAAUUGACUACCAACAGUCGAUAUGCGUCCCUUAUUCUACAACCUAUUAAGGUGGAGGUGAUAAGCACGACGCCGCCUCUUGUACUCUACCACGACUUGAUAAGUGCUGUUGAAGCUCAGCAGAUAAAAAAUUGCUCGAGAAAACGUCUGACACAGGAAUGUCUUGCCGACUGCGACGGUUGUACGGAAAACAGAAGAUGUCGCAUAACUAAGGCAUUUCUGUCUCCCGACGACACCUGCCCCGCUCUAGAGCGUCUUAGUCGAAGGAUCUCAGAACUCACAGGUCUGUCAUCGUACAACGCUGAUGAAUUCGAGGUGGAACACUUCGGUCCUGGUGCCGACAACUCCCAGACAGGCAAAUUCGCAGCCAUGCUCAUGUACCUGUCAGAUGUGCCACUCGGCGGUGCGACUGUGCUACCCCAACAUAAUUUAGUUAUUCAACCGAAACAGGGCUUGGCACUCUUGUGGCAUAGCGCCAGUCGGACUGACUCUCAUAGUGUUGGGUUAUCGACAGAGUGGAGCGAGGCUCCCAAUAGUGAAAACUACUACACCAUUUGCCCAGUAAUUAAGGGUUCUAAUUGGAUUUUAAUGAGAGGGUUCCGUGAAAGGAAUCAGAGUGUUUAAAAUGUAGUUCCUCGAAUUUAUUUAGUGUGUGAAUAUGUCUGCGUCGUUUUCAAUAAACCGUAUCAUU